AGUCCAAAUGUCAUUGACAUCAGAGAGAAUGUGGCUUGUUGCAUACGAAGAAGUUCUGGUUUUCAACUUCACAAUAAAAUGAUUGCAUAGCCGUUUUGCCCGUUAUUAGCCUCGAGGCUCCGGCAGAGUGAAUAGCGUGUCAAUAAGUACAGCUCGAAUUACAAAAUCACAGCUCUGUUCGUUUAAAUCAAUUAAGGACGUUUUAGAUAAAAAUUUAAAAAUGGUUAUACAAAAAAUUUGCUGUCUCGGUGCUGGCUACGUCGGCGGUCCUACGUGCAGUGUGAUUGCGUUAAAAUGCCCUAAUAUUAAAGUGACUGUUUGCGACAAAAGCGUAGAGAGAAUAAAUCAGUGGAACUCCGAUAAAUUGCCGAUCUACGAGCCCGGUUUAGAUGAUGUUGUCAAGCAAUGUCGAGGUAGGAAUCUAUUUUUCUCAACCGACAUUGAAACUAGUAUCGUGGAGGCCGAUUUAAUUUUCAUCUCAGUGAAUACGCCGACUAAAACGAUCGGCAAUGGCAAAGGCAGAGCUGCUGAUCUUAAAUAUAUCGAGGGCGCUGCCCGUAUGAUCGCAGACAUCGCUACGAGUAACAAAAUCGUUGUAGAAAAAAGUACCGUACCAGUGAAAGCGGCUGAAAUUAUCAUGAAAAUAUUACGCGCUAACACGAAGCCCGGUGUCGAGUAUCAGAUAUUGUCAAAUCCUGAAUUUUUGGCUGAGGGUACAGCUAUUGUGGAUCUCGUUGAAGCUGAGAGGGUGCUUAUUGGCGGUGAAGACACACCUGAGGGCCAAAAAGCUGUACAGGCUCUCUGCUGGGUAUAUGAACACUGGAUUCCAGCAAAAAACAUCCUAACAACCAAUACCUGGAGUUCAGAGUUGUCUAAGCUGGCUGCUAACGCCUUUUUAGCUCAAAGAAUCUCCAGUAUUAAUUCAUUAUCUGCUGUCUGUGAGGCUACAGGUGCUGAUGUGUCUGAAGUAGCUAGAGCUGUAGGUAGAGAUUCUCGUAUUGGCCCUAAAUUCCUUGAAGCAUCCAUCGGUUUUGGAGGCAGCUGCUUCCAGAAGGAUAUUCUUAAUCUCAUCUACUUAUCAGAAUGUCUUAAUUUACCAGAAGUAGCUGCAUAUUGGCAGCAAGUCGUCAACUUAAAUGAUUAUCAGAAAACAAGAUUCACUCGUAAAGUUAUCGAGUCAUUAUUUAACACAGUAGCUGACAAAAAAAUUGCAGUACUUGGAUUUUCGUUCAAAAAAAAUACUGGAGACACACGAGAAUCCCCAGCCAUUUAUGUAUCAACAACUUUACUAGACGAAGGGGCGAAAUUACAUAUCUACGACCCAAAAGUAGAACAUGAUCAAAUAUACUACGAGUUACUCCAUCCACAAGUCACAAAUGAACCAGAAUUAGUUCGUAAGAAUAUUGAAAUUCAUGAUUCGGCAUAUUCAGCUGUAUCAGGGGCCCAUGCGAUCGUAUUAUGCACAGAAUGGGAUGAAUUUAAAUCUCUAGACUAUAAGAAAAUAUAUGAAGUUAUGAUGAAGCCCGCUUACAUAUUCGAUGGUCGUAAAAUUUUGGAUCACGAAGCAUUGUUGAAUAUUGGUUUCCAUGUGCAGACAAUUGGGAAGAGAUUGUCGAGGACGAGUAGCAUAAGAGCACAAGGCAGCCAAACGAUGCCCUAGGUGUUAAACUCACUAUACGAAAACUCAGUAUACAAUCAACUAUAUUAACUAUGGACUUCGAUAUAUAAGGUAAAAAAAAAAUAGCUCAACCAAUUCUUUUUAUUCUGUGACGUUAACGAAACGACGGAUAAUAUUGAUGUGGUUUUUAUUUUGGCAUAAUUCUUUGUGCCUUUGCUAGAGAUGUUUAUUUUUUUUUAUUUCUUGGAUUUAUAGAACGUUUGAGCUAUUUUUAAAUUGUCAAAAUCGUUUAAUAUUUUUAUCGGACAAAUAUAGUAAUAAUUGUAUCGCUAGCCUAAACAUUUUAAGAAAUUUUAUUUUUUAUAGUUUAUUUUAAUGAUAGCUAAUAUUAUCUGUAUGAUAUAUAGUUUAACUACUCUGUAUUUAAAUACUCUUGACCGGUUUUUAAUGGAAACGUAUUUUUGAAUUUAGAACACGCACAAUUUCGUUUUCAAAUAACCAAUGCUUUAAAACGUAUAUGUUAUCUGUGACUCAACGGUAUACAGUAUCUAAUCCUACCUCGUUGAACUGUUGAAGAGUUUCAUCCACACCUAGAACAAAAUU